AUGGCUGUGAUCAAAACCGUUUCAUUUGAUAGGGAGAAUAGGGAAUGCUCCAUAUUAUUUGAGAAGCGCUCCUGUUUCAAUAUCCCUAUAAGAAUCCGUUUUUCUCCAUUUCUCUCUCCAGAAGAUCGACGGAACCGAUUUCUUGAGCAAACAGAAGCAAAGUCAUUCGCGUUUUUGGGAAUUGCGGAAAAGUCAAACGGAGAACUGAGUCUUUUGGAUGGAGGAAUCGUUUGGAAGGAUUCAAGAGAAGAAAACGCUUUUUACAAUCUUGAGAAUCUCCAAGAACUGGAUGUUCAAGGAAAUGAAUUGGAAGGGAGCCUUCCUCCAUGUCUCAGCAACUUGUCAUCCCUCCAACUACUUGAUCUCUCCUAUAAUAGACUCAGUGGGCAAAUCUCCUCAUCUCUCAUCUCUAGCCUCACGAUGAUCCGGUUCCUUUCUCUCUCCUCCAACCGCUUUGAGGGGUCUCUCUCAUUUAGCUCAUUUGCUAAUCUUUCCAAGCUCGAGGUUGUGGAACUUUCAGUACUGAAGGCUAACUAUCCCUAUCCUGAGCGCGAGGUUAUAACUUACCCCAAUCAGUUAGAGAUUGAAACUGAAUCCACACCUUGGACUCCUAAAUUCCAGUUGAAAGCCCUCCUCUUAUCAAACUGCAACAUCAACAAGCUCACUGGUACCAUUCCCAGCUUCCUUUCCACCCAAUAUGACUUGAUAGCAUUGGAACUUUCCCACAACAACAUCAAGGGAAAGUUUCCAUCUUGGUUGUUAGAGAAGAAUGAAAGACUACAAAUGCUUGACCUAGGAAGCAACUCCUUAGCUGGCCCAUUCCAUCUGCCACCUCAUUCUAACAACCUCAAUGCAUAUUAUCUGGACAUCUCCAGCAACCACAUCUACGGACAACUUCCUGAAAACAUCGGUUUCUGCCUUCCAAAUUUAUUAUACUUAAACAUGUCUGCAAACGCUCUUCAUGGUACCUUUCCUCUGUCAAUGGGUAACAUGAGAGAAUUGUUUACUUUAGAUUUGUCGAGAAACAAUUUCUCAGAAGAAAUACCAGAGCAGUUGGCCAUGGGUUGCAUCAGAUUAGAAAUUUUGAAGCUAUCAAACAAUAGAUUACAAGGCCCAGUGUUUCCGACUUGUUUGAACUUGACUUGGUUACAGUAUCUGUAUUUGGAUGGCAAUCAAUUCACCGGGAGGAUCUCAGCUGGUAUAUUCAAAAGCCCUCAUAUACAGUUAUUGGAUGUUGGUAAAAACAACAUAUCAGGUUGUCUUCCUGCACAGAUUGGUAACUUUUCUGAGUUAAUGUGGCUUUCCAUGCCAAAAAAUUAUUUAGAAGGUCCUAUUCCAGCCGAGUAUUGCAUCCUAUCUAGUCUUUCGCUUUUGGACCUUUCCCAAAAUAGAAUUUUUGGUUCCAUACCUUCAUGCUUCAAUCUAUCUCUGAAAUUCUUACAUUUGGAAGGAAAUGAGCUUACAGGAUUGAUGCCAAAUGCUUUAUCCUAAAUUUCCUCCCUUGUUACAUUGGAUGUCAGCCACAACAACAUCUCUGGUAAUAUUCCAAAUUGGAUUGGAGCAUUUCCUAAUUUAAGGGUUCUUCUCCUCAGAGGAAAUAAUUUGCAAGGUCACAUUCCCACGCAGUUGCGU